AUGACUUCCAGCAAGAUUGAGAUCCCCGGAGAGGUGAAGAGCGACCCGGCCGCUCUGAUGGCAUCCCUCCAGCUGAUGCCCUCCCCGGUGCCGAACCCCGAGGUCCAGUACACCAAGAUUUUCAUUAACAAUGAGUGGCAUGACUCUGUCAGUGGGAAGGUGUUUCCAACAUACAACCCAGCAACAGGAGAACAGGUCUGUGAGGUCCAGGAAGCAGAUAAGGCUGAUGUAGACAAAGCAGUUCAGGCGGCCCGUCACGCUUUUUCUCUCGGUUCUGUUUGGAGAAAAAUGGAUGCGUCCCAGAGAGGCAGACAUCUGGCCAAACUGGCGGACCUGGUGGAGAGGGACAGCAUCUAUCUUGCUACCCUUGAGUCUCUGAACAGUGGGAAGCCCUUUCUUCCCACUCUGUUUGUUGAUCUUCAAGGAACUAUAAAGACAUUGAGGUACUUUGCUGGAUACGCAGACAAGAUCCAUGGCAUAUCUAUCCCAAUGGAUGGAGAAUACCUCACGUUCACCAGAUAUGAGCCAAUUGGAGUGUGUGGACAAAUUAUUCCUUGGAACUUUCCUCUGAUGAUGACGGCCUGGAAGCUGGGCCCAGCUUUGGCCUGUGGGAACACUGUGGUCCUGAAGCCUGCAGAGCAAACCCCACUCACCUGCCUCCACAUCGCAGCCCUGGUUAAAGAGGCUGGGUUUCCUCCGGGAGUCGUCAAUAUUUUACCAGGAUUUGGGCCAACCGCAGGAGCUGCAAUUGCUUCACACAUGGGCAUAGACAAAGUGGCUUUUACAGGAUCAACUGAGGUUGGCAAGUUGAUCCAAGAAGCAGCUGGGAAAAGUAACCUGAAGAGAGUGACGCUAGAGCUGGGAGGGAAGAAUCCCAACAUCAUAUUUGCAGAUGCUGAUUUGGAUUUGGCUGUAGAACAAGCCCACCAAGGAGUCUUCUUCAAUGCGGGACAGUGCUGCACGGCCGGCUCACGCAUCUUUGUGGAAGAGCCCAUAUAUGAUGAGUUUGUGCGCAGGAGUGUGGAGAGAGCCAAGAGGAGGACUGUGGGCAGUCCUUUCGACCCCACCACUGAGCAGGGACCUCAGAUUAGCCGCGAGCAGCAGAAUCGCGUGUUGGAAUAUAUCCAGAGCGGGAUCAGUGAAGGCGCUAAACUGGAGUGUGGAGGAAAAGCACUUGGUGUAAAAGGAUUUUUCCUCGAACCAACCGUUUUUUCUAAUGUCAGGGAUGAUAUGAGGAUUGCAAAAGAAGAGAUUUUUGGGCCCGUUCAGCAGAUCAUGAAGUUCAAGAGCAUCGACGAGGUCAUAGAGCGAGCGAACAACACAGAAUAUGGCUUAACUGGUGCUGUCUUCACCACUGACAUAAACAAGGCCUUGACUAUAUCCACCGCCAUGCAGGCUGGCACUGUCUGGAUAAACUGUUUCAAUGCUUUGAGCACACAGUGUCCUUUCGGAGGAUAUAAAAUGUCUGGCAAUGGACGUGAAUUAGGAGAGUGUGGUCUAAGGGAGUACUCAGAGGUGAAGACCAUCACGAUGAGAAUGGUGAACAAGAACUCUUAA